GAAUGAUGGAACUAGACCAUGACUUUUCGCCAACAUGGAAUUCAACAUCUGAAUCAUUGAGUGAAAACAAUUAUACUGCAGAUUAUUAUUAUGACUGUCAGUAUGAGGAUUACUCUGGCCUCAAAAAGAUCAUGAACAUUGUAUCCAUCACAGUCUACUCCAUUGCAUUUGUCUUUGGUGUACUGGGAAAUGGCCUUGUCAUCUGGGUCACAGGCUUCAAGAUGAAAAAGACUGUGAACACAGUUUGGUUCCUGAACUUGGCUGUAGCAGAUUUGAUCUUUACUAUCUUCUUACCAUUUACCAUUAUAUAUGCUGCUCUUGACUUCCACUGGCCUUUUGGAAACAUACUUUGCAAGAUUAGCAGCACAGUUUUAUUUCUUAAUAUGUUUGCAAGCAUCUUUCUCCUUACUGUUAUAAGCUUUGAUCGAUGUCUAACAGUUAUUCACCCAGUCUGGUCUCAAAAUCACAGAACAGUGCAAUUAGCCUCAGUUGUGGCUGUAUUUGCUUGGAUUGGAGCAAUUAUUCUCAGUGCACCAUAUUUUGCAUUUCGAGAUACAGGUCCAGCAAUUGGAGAUAACACUACAGUCUGCUAUAAUAACUUUGCAUUAUCUGAUAAUUUUGACAAUGAAAAAAUCAUGCAGCUUCAUCAAAGCAGGCACCAGGCUAUAAUUAUAACAAGAUUUCUAUGUGGGUUUCUAAUUCCCUUUACCAUUAUCAUCACCUGUUACACCAUUAUUGCCUCAAAGUUACGGAAGAACCAGCUAACAAUGUCCAGCAAGCCAUUUAAGGUCAUCAUAGCUGUGAUAGUGACCUUCUUUAUUUGCUGGUUUCCCUACCAUGUGAUCUCAUUCCUAGAAAUGGUUAGCACUAACUCAUCAGAAUGUAAUGAGGAAUUAGAGAGAGCAGUUAUAAUUGGAGUACCCUUGCUAACAAGCCUUGCAUUUCUCAACAGCUGCAUGAAUCCAAUCCUGUAUGUAUUUAUGGGUAGAGAUUUCAGACAGUCCUUUAGAAAGUCAAUUCUUUUUGUAUUUGAAAGUGCAUUCAGUGAAGACUCAGCAAUGUCAACUAUUAAUAGCAAAUACAAGUCCAAGUCUACUUCAACUGUAUAUUAAUGUGUUCUGAAUUUCCUUUUAUAUGUACAUAUUUUUUAUGCACAAUUAUGAAACCAGUAUUUGGUCAUUAUUGCAUUUUUUUAUUAGAUUAAUGAAAAACUAACAUUUUACGUCUACAUUUCUUUCUUAAACAAGAUUGCUUAUGAUUGUUUUUAAACGUCUUAAGCUCUAAUUAAUUUAAAUGGCACAUUGUAUUACAAGCAUUUUCAUUGUAUUUACAGGCCGGAGUUGUUUCUUGCUGAUGUUGCUAUGCCAGAAAACUCAAAGAGACACUUUAUCCUGCCUUGUGGAUCAACAUAAUGAAUUACUAAUUUAGCAGAUAUGCUCACUAAAAGAGCUUUGUACAGUUAUGGUAAUUUGUAGUGAAUUAUCCACAAACAAGCAUAAAGCAAAUUGCUACAUCAUUCACAAAAUAUACACAGUUAUAGCUUUGUCUGACAUAACAAGUAAACAUUUGUAAAUGUAAAGAUAUGACUGUAAAAUAGGAAGAUCUCUCCAAAAGGAAGAUGGAGCUGUGGUAUAAUGUAAUAAUGUAACUCAGCAUAGAUUUACAGAAAUCUUAGUGAUGGACCUGCAUGAAUAGUGUCAA